CAGAUAUGUGGCACAGAUAACAAGACAUACAGCAGUGAUUGCCAUCUCUUUGCAACAAAGUGUCAACGAGAAGGAACAAAGGAGGGCAACCAUCUUCAUCUGGACUAUCAAGGACCAUGCAAAUACAUCCCACCAUGUACAGACUAUGAACUUGCUCAUUUUCCCUUCAGAAUGAGAGACUGGCUGAAAAAUGUUCUCAUACAACUGUAUGAAAGGUGUCUGGAAAAUCCAAACCUUCUCUCAGAGAAGCAGAGAAACAAGGUUAAAAAAAUCUAUGAGAAUGAGAAGCGUCUGGAGGAAGGUGAUCACAACAUUGAGCUCUUGGUGAAGGAUUUUCAGAAAAACUACCACAUGUAUGUGUAUCCUGUUCACUGGCAGUUUAACCAGCUUGAUCAACAUUCUAUAGACAGGCUGCUCACAAGAUCAGAACUUUCUGCACUGCGUGCCCCAUUGAUCCCAAUGGAACAUUGUGUGACGGCAUUUUUACAGGGCUGCAACACAAAUAAUGAUAAACACAUUUCCCUGCAGGAGUGGUGCCACUGUUUUGGAAUCAAAGAUGGUAAUAUUUAUGUCUAA